AUGAAAAACAAACUCAGACGCCUACCCAGCAGCAGUUACUCCAGCAGCAGCAACAACCGCAGCAACAGCAGCAGCAACAGCAGCAACAGCAGCAGCAACAGCAGCAGCCACAGCAACAGGCACAGCAACAGCAGCAGCAACAGCAACAGGCACAGCAACAGCCACAGCCGCAGCAACAGCACUAGUAGCAACAGCAGCAGCAGCAGUACCAUCAGAAGCAGCAACAGCAGCAGCAAUAGCAGCAGCAGCGGCAGCAGCAGCAUUAGUAGUGACAGCAGCAGCAUCAACAGCAACAGCAGCAACAGCAGCAGCAACAGCAGCAUUAGUAGUGACAGAAGCAGCAGCAACAGCAGCAGCAGCAGCAUUAGUAGUGACAGAAGCAGCAGCAACAGCAGCAGCAGCAGCAGCAGCAGCAUUCGUAGUGACCUGUUGAGGAUGCAGAUCCCCAUGCCGACAUUCGAUCGACUUAAAACCGCUUCAGUCAGCGACCCGCUGCCGUCUGCGUGGCGCCACUCGUCAGCUGAUUCAGCAAACUGCAGCAGCAGCAGCAGCAGCAGCAGCAGCGGCAGCAGAAGCAGCAGAAGUAGCAGCAGAAGGGAGACAAAUGGAACAUGGGGUGAACGUCAAAAAGAAAAAUUAAAAUAA